AUGCCAGAAUUCGACGUUGCAAAAAUACGAAGCCAAUUUCCUGCUCUCAGCGGCAAGCAGGUGUACUUUGACAAUGCUGGUGGAAGUCAAGUCUUGAAAACAGUCAUUGACGCUGUUGCCGCUUACCUCUCCAACAACAAUGUCCAACUAGGAGCCAGCUACCCCAUCUCCCAGACAUCGACCGAUGUAUUCGAGCAAGGCUGUGCGGCGGCGGCGAAGUACAUCAAUGCCAGUCCAGACAACGUUGUGAUAGGACCUAGCACGACUCAACUAUUCAGGAAUCUUUCACUGGCUCUACAUGAUUACAUUACGCCGGACUCUGAGAUCAUAGUGUCACUACUGGACCACGAAGCGAACAUCGCCUCCUGGGUUCACCUUGCCAAAUGGCGAGGCUGCACGCUCAAACGGUGGGGAGCUGAAGACAAGAAGAACCCCCAGUUGGAUACCAACAUUCUUCGAGGACUCAUGACGGAGAAGACGAAGUUGGUGUGCUGUACUCACACGAGUAACAUUCUCGGCACACUCCACGAUGUCAAAUCGAUUGCGAAGACCGUCCACGAAGUUUCAGGGGCUCUCUUGUGUGUGGACGCCGUUGCUUACGCACCGCAUAGAGCGAUCGACGUGGCAGAUUGGGGCGUGGACUUCUACUCGUUCUCCUGGUACAAGCUCUACGGUCCUCACAUCGCCUCCCUGUACGCCUCGAAUGAGGGCAAGAAGCAUUUGUCAACUUUAGGUCAUUUCUUCAAGCCGACUGAUACAUUGGAGAACCUUCUCAAUCUAUCAGGUGCAAACUACGAGCUGGCUGCGUCGAUUCCGGAAGUUUGCAAGUACCUGCAAGAGGUGCCGUGGGAAGAGACGAGCAAAUUUGAGGAGAAGCUCCAAGGCAUUUUGAUCGACUAUCUGCUUUCAAAACCUGACACGUACCAAAUCUGGGGCGAGCCAACUGCCGAUCGAGCCAAGCGAGUGCCUGUUAUCAGCUUUACGGUAAAGGGCAAGAGCAGCAAAGAAGUGGUGGAUGCGAUUGAAGCGAGGAGCGACUAUGGUUGUCGCUGGGGUGCAUUUUAUUCCAAUCGUCUUGCAAAGGACGUCCUUGGCCUGGACCCAGUUGACGGCGUGAUUCGAGUGAGCCUGCUGCAUUACAACACCGAGGAAGAAAUAAAGGGAUAUGUGAAGGUUCUGGAUGAGGUUGUAUUUUCAUAG